AUGCUGACAAGAAGUAUCGGUAGAGCUGCAGUCCGCCCAGCUAUAUGUAUGAGCAGGUGUUUAAGUACUGCUGUUUAUGAACCUCCAAAGUACGAUGAGCUUGACACUAAUACAUGGCUAAAAAUCGAUAAAGAAACUAGAGAGGAGAUAACGGAAUAUUUAGACUGGAAGAUGGAGGCCAAUUGGUCUCUUAUGACGCCACGCGAACAACGAGCAGCUUACUUUGUUGCUUUCGGUGAUUAUGGUCCUAGAGCGAAACCCGGUUCUAAAGCGGCCCAGAUGCAGAUGUCUGGAGCUGAACUGAUCCUUAGAGGCGUAUUUAGUACUGUGCUUUUCACUGCAGUGGCCAUAAGUGUUUUGAAUUACGGAAAGGACCGCAGAGUUAUGGAGAACUUAGAUAAAUUGAAAGAAUCGGCGGACCAUGUUUCUUAG